AUGCAUCAGUGCCACAAAAUUGGAGAUUACAAAAAAAGAAACCGGACUAGUUAUAUUUAUUUUGACGCUUCGAUGAAGUUUCCCAAACUUAAAAAAUUGUAUCUACGCCAAAAUAAAAUUGAGCUUCUGAUGUUCCGUAAUUUAGAUUCUCUGAAUCAAAUAACGCCGAAAUUGACGCAUCUUUAUCUUAGCGAAAAUUAUCUUACAGCAAUAAACUUGGACAGUUUAUCUCCAACUUUGACUCAUUUGUAUUUGGACAAUAAUAAUAUAUCUCAGCUUACAAUUGAGAGUUCUAACAACAGUUUUAAAGUUUUGAAUAUCAAUGGCAAUCAAUUCAAUGAAUUGUGUGGACAUUAUCCUGGUGGCGGAUGUGAUGGAAUAUUAUUGGAAAAGUUUCCGCAAUUGGAAUAUUUUUCAAUUGAAAACGUAGGUCUAAGAAACGUUUCAGCAAACGCAUUUUUGUAUUCAUCUGCUUUGGUUUAUUUGAUUAUGUCUCAGAACAACCUUAGUCAAAUUGAAAACAGAACAUUUCAUGAAUUAGUCAAUUUGAAGACACUAAUUCUAGACGACAAUCAACUAAGUGCCCUUCCUGACCUUUCUAAGUUGAAAAAUUUGGAACUUUUCUCGAUUGCCCGAAACAAGAUAAGUUCUUUGAGGAAAUUUGAUUUUGACAAGCUAGAAAAUUUAAAAUCAUUGAAUCUCAGCUACAACUUGGACGAAAUCAUUCCGGGAACAUUCAAUGGAUUUGAGUCUUUGGAAGUAUUGGAUCUAUCUGGAAAUAAGCUUCAGACACUGUCAACUUUUUGGAUUACUCCUAAAACAAAGUUGGAAUGUUUAUUUUUGCGUAAUAAUUUAUUUUUAAGUUUUUCUAACUUGCCAUUGACUGCGAUUAAAAAUCUUCGGUACGUAAGCCUUGCAGAGAAUCCACUACCGUCAAUCGCAAAUACGAAGUCAUUGAUGUUCUUGUCUGAUAAUGUGACUUUGGAUAUUAAUGGUGAUCAAUUGAUUGGUGAUACUACUUAA